GUAUAGGAAGUACAUCAGACAAGGAAACUAUAGAGGAGUUGAGGAAAGAGCUACAGGAACUCAAGGAGCAUUUUGAUAUAGAGAGACGUGAAAUAGAACAAGCUUGUAGACUGGAAAUAACAGCUGUUGAAGAGAGACAUGAUCAGGAAAAGGCUGAACUAUUCAACCAUAUAGAAAGGGAAAAGGCUAAGAUAUCAGAUGAGUUUGAGAGGCUACAGCAGCAGGCACUAUCAGAACUAGCGAGGGAAUUACAGACCAACUUUGCCCAUGAGAAAGAAGACCUCAUACAGAAACAUGAAUCAGAGAAAAAUUAUUUACAACAGAAGUUUAUGGAGGAGAAAGAUGGACUUAGAGAAACAUUAGAAACUGAGCACGAGGAAGAUUUACAGAGUCAGAUAGAGAAAGUAAAGUCAGUCUGUGAACAGGAGAAGUUCCAGGUAGAGGAAGCAUUAGCUGAGACAGAACCUUUCAUAAAAAAUCUUGAGGAACAAAACACACAACUGGAACAUAAACUCUCCAAACAGAGGGAACAAAACACACACCUGGAACAAAAACUGUCUAAAGAGAAGGAACAAAACUCACAGCUGGAACAAAAUCUCUCCAAAGAAAAGGAACAAAACUCACGACUGGAACAAAAACUCUCCAAAGAAAAGGAACAAAACACACAUCUGGAACAAAAACUCUUCAAACAGAAGGAAGAAAAUGAUCAGGAAUUGAAGAGACAAAAAACUGAAAUGGAGGGAAUGUUAACAAGACAUAUGCAGAAACUUGAAGAUGUUGAAAAGCAGAAACAGGAACUAGAGUUAGACUUUAAGAAAGGCAGCAGUGAUAUAGAAAUAGCAUUCAGAAAGGAGAAAAUGGACCUGAGGAAUGAAAUAGACAGACAAGCUCAGGAUAUUCGAGAAUUACAGAGACAUAGAGCAGAGCUGGAAUUAGAGCUCAAACAACAGAAGGAUGAGCUUGAACUGUCAUUUAGACAAGAGAAACAGGAGAUUUUGGAGCUUUAUGAAGAUAAGAUCAAGGAGUUGGAGGAUAAAUUUGUAGAAUCAGAGAAAGCUAAAGAUAACUUAUUAAAAGAGGGAGUAGAUUCACUACAUGGUAAACUCAGGGAUGACUUUUACAAACUGUUAGAUGUGGCAACAAAAGAAAAACUUGCUGAUGAGAAGAAAAAGUUAAAUGAACAUCUUCAAAAAGAGAUGGAAGCUGGCUUUGACACAAAGAAAUCUGAACUAAGUCAUUUGUUUGAGAAGGAGAAGACAGAGCUAGUUGAGAGGUAUGAGGAUGAGAUGCAGUCAAUGCGACAGGAGCUGAGCCGACUGCAAGAGAAACUGGAAGAGGAAAGAGAAGUGCUGGCAGAGAGGUUUGACAAUGAGAAGGAGGUCAUUGAAGAACAGCUGGCACAACAACUUAGGGAAGAACUGGAGGAGGAGUUUUGCCAUCAGAUGGAGGAGAUCAGAGAUGCCUAUGAAGAAGAGAAACAUGAGUAUGAGGCUCAGGUCAACCUCCUCAGACAGGAAGUUGAAGAGUUACAGAAAGCUCUUGAUGAUGAAGACAAAAACAGGAGGAAGAUUGAUGAACUUAAGAAAGCGAACAACAAACUUCAGCAAGAAAGAAGACAGGCAGAGAAGGGACAGAUAGAGAUGCAAAAAGCACUAGAGAGCACAAAGCAAGCUUUAGAAGCUCGUAUUGAUGAACUGCUUGCUGAGAAAGAAGGAGCAAUAACUGCUGUAAAAACACAGUUUGUUGAGUCUUCGAAACAGAGUGGCAAAGAUAAGGCUGCCUAUGAUGCAUUAGUAAUGGAGAAAGAUACUCUAGAGAAGAAGGUGAAUACACUAUCACAGGAAGUUACUGACUUACAGAGACAGGCUUACAGUGUUUCUGACCUACAGAGAGAAGUUGAAAAAUUAAAGAGGGAUAAUUUAGAACUGUGUGAACACAUCCAGGAAAGAUCAUCUGACAUUUCACCUCAACAAGUGCCAGAACAUGCUCAGAGAGCAAUAAAUGAGCUGACACGAGAAAAGUCGGAACUGGAAGAAAGACUUGUUGAUAUACAGAAUAAGUUUGAAGAAGUGGAAGACAUGGCCAAGAAAUACUCACACCUACAGUUUGACUAUGGUCAGAUGACCAUUGGUCAGUCUGUGGUAGAAGAAACAUUGAUGGAAACUCAGGAUAAACUGGCUGAUACUGAAGCUAAGAUGAUGCAGUGUGAGAGAGAGCUGAAAGAUGCUCAGAGAUACAAGGACAAAUAUAAACUACUACAGAAAAAGUAUGAGGAUGUAUGCAAGGAGCGAGACAAGGUAUCACAUCUUGCGAAAUCCUUGAAGGAACAGUUGAAUAAGGCCAGUACAGCACAGAAAGAGGAACAUGAGGAUAAGGGUAGAUUUACAUCAGUUCUUGAUGAGAAGAAACAGUUGGAGGCACAGUUACAGAAAAUCAGUGACAAGCUUCUGGAAGCAACAACAAACUUCUCAGUGAGUCAGUCUCAACAUAUCCGGGAGCUACAACAGUGGAAGGAGCAGUCUAGUAACAUGGUAGAUCUACAGAAAUAUACCAAGUUACAGAUCGACCUUGUAGACAACCAGAGGUCACUCAGAGAUCUACAGGAACUGCUGAAAAAUAAGGAAGAAACCUCAACUAAAGUGUUCAAAGAGACAAGUGAGAAGCACCAUGAGGAAGUGAAGAGCUUAGAAGGACAAAAGGAAUCUCUGAUGAGAAAACUAACGACAUUACAGCAGAUACUUGAUGGUCAGAUAGACAAGUUUAAGCAGCAGUAUGAGGCAAGUGAGAAGAGGAAUGCUUUGGUAGUGGACCUAUACAAGGAGAAUGCUGACCUCAUGGACGCACUGUCGCGAGUGGAGGAACAGAAGAAAGAUGCUGUGUCUCGAUGCUACAGACUUGAGGACCAGUGUAAUAAUCUACGCAGAAUGCUCAAGAGAAUGGCAAAAGUGGCAAUAACUUGAUCAAGACUAUAAAUUUCGUGGCCAAUGCUACCUUUACAUGUGUUCAAUGUGUUAGGUUUGCACUUCAACAGGGAAAUGUAGUACACAGUUAUUAGUUUUAUUUCUAAUGUUUGUGUAGUCUUAGUGUAAAACGAUGAUGAGCACAGAAUGCUUGUGAUUUCUGAUUACUUUGCAGUGUAUUAAGCAUUUUGUAGAUACACUAUAAUGAAGUGUAUAAGCAAGUAAAGCCACAUAUAUGUUGACCACCAGCAGAUAUGUGCCUUGCAAUGGAAAACGUGUGCGAUAAGAGUUUGUAAAAUACUUAUUGACAGAUGAGAAAAAACACCACAUGAUUCUUAGCUUUAUUCGAUGGGGUUGUCAUAGAGAAGGAAGCUAGAUAUCAAAGUGCAGUGUUUUAUAUACUUACUUGUGUUAUUCGUAUUUGUGUAGUCUUUACAAACAUGGAAAACUGAUGAUAGUGCAGCCAUAUUAUUUCGGGUAUGCGAUAAAUAUAGAAUCUACCCAUUUUUACCUACAUUGGAGGAUGAAAAAUUAUAUAUUUACACUCUUGUAUAUAGGCCUACCAUCUAUUUAUAUUGUAUAGAUCUAUACCAUAUUUGUAUAUCUUGUGUAGGGAAAGUUUCUUAAUUUAUUUACAGUUGUCUGUGAUACUUGUACACAUAAAAAGUAAAACAAAUAAAGAAUAUC